UUGAUGGAGAACUACACCUACAACAGCUACACCCUCCAGCUGGAGGGGUUAAUUGUUUCAGAGAAGUCUACAUACCCUGUCUUCUUCUUUUUCGUUUUCUCCUACCUGUUCAUAAUGAUAGCAAAUAUUGGUAUUGUAGUUCUGGUUUUCAUUGACAAAAACCUCCACCAGCCCAUGUAUCUGCUGUUUUGCAACCUGCCCUUAAAUGAUGUGCUUGGAAACUCUAUCAUGGUUCCUCGGUUGAUGUUGGACUUGUUGCGUCCCCCCUCUGAGCGCCUCAUCAGUUAUUAUGAAUGUGUGGUCCAAGCUUUUACAACACAUGUAUUUGGGACCACUGCCCAUACAGCGCUGAUGAUCAUGGCCUUUGACAGGUACGUGGCCAUCUGUGAUCCCCUGCGCUAUGCCGCCAUAAUGACCAACAAGAUGGUGAUGAAGCUGACAGUUUCUGCCUGGGGGGCGUCCAUUGUGUUGAUCGGGGUUGUUCUCGGUCUGACCAUCCGGCUGAACCGAUGCAGGACUCUGAUCACAAACCCUUACUGUGACAAUCCCUCUCUGUUCAAACUCUCCUGUGAGGAUGUGUCUAUUAAUAACAUCUAUGGCCUCGUUUUUGUGGUAGUUCUGGACACAGUUUCCAUAGGCAGCACGGUUCUCACCUACACUAAGAUUGCAAUAGUCUGUCUGAUGAGUAAAAACAAGUCUCUGAACAGUAAAGCCUUAAAAACCUGCAGCACUCAUCUCUUUGCAUAUCUAAUUAUGUUGUCAAAUGGAACGCUGAUCAUCAUCCUGCAUCGCUUCCCUCAGUAUUCAGACCAACGAAAAAUGGCCUCCAUUUUGUUCCACAUCAUCCCCGGCUGCCUCAACCCCAUUAUUUAUGGCGUGCAGUCUAAAGAGAUUCGGAAAUUCCUGUCACAGUCAUUCCAGUUCAAAAAGGUUUUGCCAUCACUGUAG